AGCAGACAAGGGCUUCCUUCGAAGGUUGCAAUGCCCUUGUGCAGGCGCGAUCAUCCCGUUGCCGCGCCCAUCAUGCUUCAAUUGUUUACACAGGGUGCAGUGGUCUCUAUCGAGCAACAUAUAAGGCGCCAGUGCUUUCUCGAACCCAUUUCCAGCAACUAUCUGUUUUCAUUAGACAUUUCGUCAGGCUUCAUCUCAAGCCGGACCUGCUUCUUUCAUACUUUCUAGUUCUAUCGUCGUAAUUCAAGACUUCACCAUAAUGUCCCUUCUCACUCUUCAAGUUCCUUUCCCACACCCUUCCACCAUGACCAGCUACACUAAAGAGGCCGAGUCUCCGAGAGGUGAUCACAUACUGUCCAAUCAAUUGCGAAGUAUGGACAUGGACAACGUAAAAUAUGACCCCAUGGUCCAGCUACCAUCGAUCGAGCAACUUUUCGGACCCUUGGACGUGAGUCGACGUCUCUCGUCGGCUUCGUCUUCCACCACCUCUUCAUCAUCUUCGACAUCGGCAUUGGCGUCUACCUUAACCUCACCGGCUUUGACCCCAUCUGAUAUGUCUCUCAACAACUAUCAGCAGACUGCCACCCGACGACUGAAUCAGAUCGCUUGCCAGAUUGCGCCAUACUCCAAUGUCUCGAAAAGACCUCUCUCGAAGUCGGCCAGGCGAACCGCGCUCAAACAAGGAGGACCCGCCCGAGCCAGGUCGUCCGUAUCUCCAGACCGACCUAUCAAGAAUAUCAUCAAAGCCGAUCGAGAGAAAGGAGCCCGCAAAGUCCAAUGCUCUUCCCUAUCAAAGCUUCAGAAUGCGCUACUGUUCAUCAAGCCGGAGCUUCCACAUACUGCCCAUGGUCAAGGGUGGAAGCUACUGAAGUCCAACAACAUCAAUUGGGACAUAGAAAACGCACUUCGACACAGGAAGAAUGAUGUGCUCGACUCCAGCACAUACAUGAUCUUACAGCAGCACCAUCUCCUUCUUCAAAUAGUUCAACAUCUCCACCAAACCGGUGAUGCAUCUGCUGCCAGCCACUUCUCUACACUCAUCGAUCAUUUGUGCACAGAGAAAUUCCCCGAGCUCCCGCCAGCGUUCACUGCGAACCUUUAGUUCCAGGCUCGCUGCUUCCUCUUGUCUUAUCAUGCGAUGUUUACGA